CACGAGAAGCAUGUGCACGGCUGUGUUUGCCCUCUACAGCCCUACCUGUACAAUCAAUAGAUUCAUGGGUGUAUCCCCGUCACGUUUACUUGCAUGUGGCAUCCGAGUUUGACGACGUCAGUAUGUCAUGGAAAAGAAAAAGUAAAUGAACUAUUUUGUGUUGUUUAUUUGAUAAAACAAGAUGCUGCUACUACCAGCCAUACAUCAUGGACUAUGGAGAGCUACAGUCAACACACUUAAUACAAGCAGAUGGAGUCCUCUCUUCAGACACCUGUGUGAUAGAGUCCCUACUUCACUGGUAGAUGCUGAAACAAUCUUUGCAUUAUCAUCUGGCCAUGGAAAGUGUGGAGUCGCUGUGGUCCGCAUCAGUGGACCCGCAUCCACCACAGCUCUUAGAUGUAUGGCUGGCCAGACACGCAGUCUGCCUGCUCCACGCACUGCCUUAUUAAGGAGCAUCAAGCAUCCUCACUCUGAAGAGGUGCUGGACCGUGGCCUUGUCCUUUGGUUCCCAGCACCCCACAGUUUUACUGGAGAGGACAGUGUUGAGUUUCAUAUCCAUGGAGGUCCUGCUGUUACUGCUGCUGUCCUACAGGCACUCGGAAGCGUGCCUGGCAUGAGGCCUGCUGACGCUGGGGAGUUCACGCGAAGAGCCUUUCAAGCAGGGAAACUUGACCUGACGGAGGUGGAGGGGCUCGGGGAUCUGAUCCACGCUGAGACAGAGGCCCAGAGGAGACAGGCACUUAGGCAAAUGUCAGGAGAACUCGGUCGUCUCUAUCAGGACUGGAGUCACAAACUGAAAAGAUGUCUUGCCCAUGUGGAAGCCUUCAUAGACUUCAGUGAGGAUGAGCUCAUUGAGGAUGGAGUCUUAAACAAAGUUGACGCAAUGGUCCGUGAUCUGCAAGGCGAGAUGGAGCGACACCUACAGGACGAGAGGAGGGGCGAACGACUACGUAGCGGUGUGCAGGUGGUCAUCGCAGGAGCCACCAAUGCUGGGAAAAGCAGCCUCCUCAACAUGCUGUGCCGUAGACCUGCAGCUAUUGUGUCCCCCAUUGCUGGAACCACCAGGGAUGUAGUGGAGACGUCUCUGGACAUCGGUGGCUUUCCUGUACUCUUGAGUGACACAGCGGGCCUCAGAGACUGUGUGGACCUGGUUGAGCGAGAGGGGGUCCGUCGAGCUCGUGAAAGAGUUGAGCAAGCAGACCUGACUUUGGUGGUCGUCGAUUGCAGUCGCCUCCCCAUGGAUGUCCAGCAAGUUGCAGCCUUUCUUCAGGACCACUUGGGAAGUGUCCUGUCCACUCAGGAGCACAUUCACACCGCAUUACAGUCUGACAGGUGCCUUCUUGUCCUGAAUAAGGUGGACCUGCUGCCUGAAGAACAGGGACAAAUGCUGAAAAAGGAGCUGGGCUGUGUCUCUGGGCUUCCUGUGUGUGUGAUGUCCUGUCACACUGAUGAAGGACUUCAAGCCUUCCUCACAACGCUGCACAACCGAGUCAAGACACUGUGUGGAAAUCCCCUGUCUGAUGCCCCCACCCUGACCCAGGCACGCCACAGGGCCCACCUGCAACACUGUGUCGCCGCCCUGGAUCAGUACCAGCGAUACCGUGACCUUGACCUCGCUCUGGCAGCAGAGGGCGUCCGAUUGGCACUCACCAGCCUGGGCCGGAUCACUGGAAAGAUCGGACCGGAGGAGAUCCUGGAUAUCAUCUUCAAAGACUUCUGCAUUGGCAAAUAGUCAAGAGGACCGCAGCUCCAUGUGUCCCGAUCCAAUAACAAAAAAAAGUAUUGGAUUAUAUCAGUUGCAUGUAAACUCUCCAAUACAAGCAGUCCUGCAUCUCUGUCUGGACUGGAGCCCGCAGUGCCUCAGACUGGAAGUCUCUCCAGAGAGUGGUGAGGACGGCGGAAAAGAUCAUCAGGACUCCUCUUCCUCCUAUCCAGGAGAUCGCAAAAAGCCGCUGCCUGACCAGGGCUCAGAAAAUCUGCAAAGACUCCUCCCACCCCCACCAAGGAUUGUUUUCACUGCUGGGCUCUAGAAAGAGGUUCCGCAGCCUCCGAAGCAAGAUUCUGUUACAGCUUCUUCCCUCAGACCGUAAGACUCUUGAACGCAUCAUAAUAAUUCCCUCAACUCCCCCCAAAAUGGAUUAACUCGCUGGAAUAAAAAAGACAAUACAACAUACAUCCAUAAACGUGGAUGCAUAUGAAAAAGUGCAAUAUAUUUAUCUGUACAGUAACCUAUUCAUUUAUUUAUAUCUGCACCUUAUUGCUUUUUUAUCCUGCACUACCAUGAGCUAAUGCACCAAAAUUUCGUUCUUAGCUGUACUGUAAAGUUCAAAUUUGAAUGACAAUAAAAAGGAAGUCUAAGUCCUGCAGCGUGUUGACUUGUGCAAAGCUUGACAGCCAGUUAACAUCUAAAUGUCCUCCAAUAAGCACACUCGUUUUCAUCUUUCCUUGUGUUUGAGUCAAGU